UUACAUACAAGACAACAUAACAAAAUCAGGAACUGUUCGCAGUGUGUACUGUGUACAAAUAACGUUAGCGCCAUAACACUGAUGUUGUGAAAGGGGAAAGCUUAAAUUGCUUCAUUGAAGGCAGGUAGACAUACGCAUGUCCUGCGAUGGGAAACACUGAAAGUGUCGUGGUGCAGAAACGGCUGACUCGGUUUCGACCCGACGAGCGACCCGUGGUAGAGGGGGUAUUCGAGCAGCUCCAGGCGGGCACUGCUAGUGCAGCUGGGAAGCCUGGAAAAGCUCUGACAGUCGACAUGUUGAAAGCAAGUAUGGGGAGCAUUGCAUCAGAUUCCACAAUAAUGAGGGUCUAUGCAGGCAUGACCAGCAUUGACGAGGGGGCACCGCCAGCUCCUGGUGGGGGGGUGAGUCGCGAGCAGCUGGUGAUCUUCCUGGCAGACACCCUCCGUGGUACUGCAGAGGAGAGGGCACCCCUCGUCAUGGCGAUGGCACAGCAAGGCGGGAAAGGUGCCAUGGCUACUGUUGACCAGAUAAAACAGUUUCUGGAGGACCUGAUCUCAGCUGCAGUGCAGAUUCUGGACCACAGGGGGCGCUUGCGAGGCUGGAAGCCAGAGCACAUGGGAGAUGGCACCAGAGGGGUGAAGCUCCUGGCUGAACAACUGAGCUCAGAGAUCAAAGCGUCAGAUCAGCAGACGUGCGACACCGCUUGCCUGGAGGACUGGCUCUUCCGCGUCUCUUCCGUGGCCGUCUACCUGGAGCUGCUGGUUAGCGAGGGUCUGUCGGUAACGCUGCCCUCCCGGCCGCCCCCCACCCUGCUGCCUCUGUGCCGGGAGCCCCCCUGGGGGCAGCUGCGGACGAGUCUUCUGGAUGUGCCCCUGCUGCUCUUCCUGGCGCCCCUGCUGCCAACGGGCACCAGCGCCCCCUGGAGGCUGCUCUUCUCCACGCACCUGCACGGCGAGAGCUUCACACGGCUGGUCAGCGGCUGCAAGGGCCGCGGCCCCACCGUGCUCCUGCUGCGUGACACCAAGGGUCACGUGUUCGGUGGCUUCGCCUCACACAGCUGGGAGAUCAGGCCCCAGUUUCAGGGAGACUCCAGGUGCUUUCUCUUCUCCGUGUCCCCCUGUAUGCGAGUGUACACCUGCACUGGCUAUAACCAGCAUUACAUGUACCUGAACCAGGGACAGCAGACCAUGCCCAAUGGCCUGGGUAUGGGAGGGCAACAUGGCUACUUUGGGCUGUGGCUGGACAGUGACUUCGGUCGUGGGCACAGCCGUGCCAGGCCAAAGUGCACCACGUACGGCAGCCCCCAGCUGUCGGCUGAGGAGGACUUCAGCGUGGACGCUCUGGAGCUAUGGGCUGUCAGCGAGCCCCCUGAGCAGGAACAGGAUGAGAACAAGAGGAGCAUUCUGGAUGUGGACCCAGAGGUGCAGGCCAUGAUGGAGAUGGCAGGGAAGACGUUACACAGCCAAGGCCUGAGAGAGCCAGAGGAGGACGAGCAGUAGAGAGAGGGAGAGAGGGAGAGGGAAAGAGAGAGGGGGGGGGAGAUAUCCUAAAGAAUAUUUAGAGUAUUUGUUUUCAUUUUUGUGUUUUUAUUAUUCUAUUGUACAUAUAAAUAUGGAUUUGAACGUAUGUUGAAUCAGCAGACUGCUGGUUUUCUUUUGUCUGGAGAUGGAAUCCAGGACUCCAGGAACCAUGUUAUGGUUCCUAAAAUGAUAUGAUCUAGGGGUUGUAAUUACAACUGUGCUGUAGUGAAACUGAUUGAAAUGGACAUCUGUUUCGGACUCUCAACAAAACUGUUUCAUCUCAGAAUUUGGCGUUGGUUAAUUUAUUGAGUGUUAAGGCUGAGCUGAAUUAACAAUUGCAAUGAGUGUGAAAUCUUCAUCUUCAUCUUCAGUCUUCAUCACAGUUGUUUAUGUGUGGUUAUCCUGAGGAAGUCUCUCCAUUUAACUUUUCUUGACUUCAUACCAAUGUCUGGUGAACAAAACAUUCUGUGAAUUGCUGCUAUGAAAAAAUAUUUGCUGAAAGAA